GGAUGAAGGACAAGCCAAACCUCACUGCUUUGUGCGACGAGGAUGUAUAAAAAUUCGGCAGUUUUGGAGAUUGUUUCAAACCGUCCUCAGUCAUGCAUGCAGCUCUGCCUUGCUCACACUUCUCAGCCGUCCCCUUCCUUCUCAGCUGACGCCACGGUGUGUGAUCGACAACCACAAUGGGGAAGUUAAUCCUGUGCUGCAGUUUGCUCGCUCUGAUAGCAUUGACGGAGAUAAUACCGUCACGAGCUAGCAUUCUCACAUUGAAGAGGCCGAGAAGGCUUGAUUACUAUCUUCAUGACAAUCUGACUCUAGGAAAUUCAACCACAGUGCUGGUUGCUAGCACAUCUGCAACCGGAGGAUCAGCUGGAUUCGGUGACCUCAGAGUGUUCAACAGUCCAUUAAGAGCGACGCCAGACAGAAACUCGACCCUCAUCGGAGCUGCCACUGGAACUCUUGCCGAUACCUCGUUCUUGGAGCCCAAUGUCUUUUACAUCUCGUUCACUCAUCUGAUUAACAUGACGUCCUGCGUAGGCACAAUCUCCGCUCAGGGCAGAGUUACUCCUGCUGCACCUACAUGGCAAGUUUCUAUCACGGGUGGCACGGGUAGUCUCGUUGGAGCUCGAGGCUAUGCUGAUGUUGUCGCCUUCUCCUUGACCGAUCCGACGGACACCGUCUUCAGGUACACGGUUUACCUGUCAUUCUGAUUGAAUUCCGCCCUUUGUGGACUUCACUCCAGCUCUUGGUUCAUCAUAAACCUUGCAUGCAAAGUACGUACGAAACUCUGGGAGCUCAAUGCCUGCAAGAAACUUCCGCUUUUCUUCCGUUCAGUGGAUCAAGUUUGACGAUCUCAUCGUCAGUUCAAGUCAGCUGCAGGGAUGCAGGGACUCUGACUGAUUCCAAGUCGAGGCCACACACUAGAUUAGAUGAACCACCGAACACCGAAUUGACAAGUAGCACUAUGUAUCAUACUUUAGAUAUCUCCGAUCUUAGUCUGUUGUUAUAAGUGGACCGACAGUCACUUCAAUAAAUUCCAUCUUUCCGAGCCUUGUGGUUGCAUGCAAGUUUUAAACGUCGUGCAGGCUUUGGGAUCUGAGGAUUUUCAUAUCAGAAAUGUAGCUAGUGACUUCUCGGAUCUUCUCGCAGCUUCUUUACUGUUCCCGAAAGCCUCGGC